CAGUACAAAUUUUAAUAAAAUUAUAGCUAAGAUUUCAGAAUGGCUGGGCUGGUCACUAAGGCUUUUAAAUGGUCUGCGAAGCAAAUAAAGAAGCAGAAUCUGUUUGAUGAGAGCAUAUCACUGACGCAUAAGACGAAGAAUAAUUUCAUGGCGUUUAUGGCAGGGCUGGUGUCUAUAGCCAUGAUGGUGUUUUUGGUAGGAAUAGGGAUUAUCUUAGCAAUCAGGAUGAUCAAGAAAUCAGAAAUGCAAUGGAAUCAGAAUACUACAAGAGUAUCCCUCAGAAGUGACACAACUCUUGUGAAUGUUACAGAGGCUGAUAUGAUCUCUGUGCGAGUAAUUUUCACAAGUCUUAUGCCUGAGCAUGAUGCUUAUGAUCUGAAUAGAAUUUUUAAUAUAUCCUUUGUGAAUAUAGAACAAACUUACGCAGAAAAUUUUGAAGCUGAGAUUAAUGAGGCAAGUUUAUCUUAUGCAAGGUGUACAAAAUAUGAUUUUCCUGAAUCCAGGCUUCAUCCAAGCCUUGAGAAAUAUACCGCAACUGGCCAGAUUAAGCAGAUGUGUUUUAACCUUACAGGAACAUCUAUCGCAGGAAAUUCUAAUAGUAGAGACUUAUACAAAUAUGUGAGACUUCAUCUGAGGCUUAAGUCUGAAUUCAUCAAAAUUAUGAAAGAAAACAUCUUUUCACUCCAGUUCGAGAUCCAGAGUAGGUAUGUGGACCUAAAUGACCUGGAUAACCCUAUCAAGUCGAUAUAUUGGGAUUACACAUUAGGCACUACGGAUGACCUUGGAAACUGGGGAGCCCACAGAUACAAAUUUGAUAUCUUGAGGAAUGAAGUCGAACUUCAAGACACCUGGUGGGACUUCCUCUCCAAUCCUACAACCAAGGAAUUCAAGAGCGUUGAUACAGAUUCUUAUAAUUAUGAGAGAGUUGGAGAGCAUUUAGCAACUUUUUAUACUAUUGAUUUUAGCCUGGGCGAGAAGACCAACCAAUACGGUCGUAGAGUCCUUAACUUUCUUGAAGUAACUGGAGUCGUCGGAGGCCUCUUCGAGAUACUAGACAUAUUUGUUGGAAUCAUCAUUGGAUACUUGUACACUUAUAGCUUGAAGAGAGAGAUUACCAAGGAUUUGGUAAAGGCAGAUAACAAGAUUCAGGAUUUGCAGAAGAGCAUCGAUGAAAUACUCAAGAAAGACCAAGUGGGUCAAGAACAAAACAAUGUUGAAGUCUUACAAAGAAUAAACAGGGAUGAAUGAAAAGAGAGUUCUAAAAAGAUAGAAGAUUGAAAAGAGGAAAUUAACAGCCUUGUAAAAUUUCGAGAUGAGAACAGUAAAAUAACUAGAACUAAACAUUUUCUUAAAAACACUCGACAUUUACAAGGAUUAUCCAAAGUAAAGCCAAUUAGUCACGAAUCUCCACUCCCUUGUGAACUCCAAUCACUCAAAAACCAUAAUACCUCACACACCCCUCCAGUUCCCCCCAAACACCCUUCCGCCGCCACCUCUCCCCCUACCAAACUGAACCCAGACAAGUUCCUGAAAGAACACCUCGACUGCGUCAGCCUAGUCUUCGCCAUCAAAACCCUCCAACUCAAAGUCCAGUACUUGUUAGCCAGAGAUACCUGAUUACUUUCUCUUCCUUCGCAACCUCCUUCACAACCUCCUCCUCAGCCUCCUUCUCAACUUCAUCCUCAACCUCUCUCUCCACCUUCUUCACAGCCUCCCACCCAACCAAUGAAAGGGCCUUCGAUCUACCAACAGAUCCAGCAAAUAACAAAGAGAGAUUUUUGAAGCAACAAGAGCAUAAAGAGCUUAAGGAAGGAUUUUUAUAAGGUUUAA